CGCUAAAUAAUAACGGCCUUCUUUCAGUCUCUCUCUCCACCCUCCUCCUUUUUCUCCGAAAAGCUCCCCUCUGCUCUUCAUUUUCAAAUCCAUCUAACUUUGCAUCUAUUGCUGUUGAAUUCGAAAAGAAAGUCUAUCGUGUAAUUAUCAGCAAUGUCAGUCUCCGAUUCCGAAUCAUCAUCUUCUUCUCACGGCGGAGAGUAUAAAUUCUUCCGUCAAAUCACCCGUGAUCGAUUAUUGUUUGAAAUGCUUGGAUCAACAAGAACAGGAGAUUCAAAAUCCACCUGGAAGGUGCUUAUUAUGGAUAAAGUUACAGUGAAAGUCAUGUCUCACUCUUGUAAAAUGUCAGAUAUUACAGACCAAGGAAUUUCAUUGGUGGAAGAUCUUUUCAGGAGGAGGGAACCUAUGACUUCUAUGGAUGCUAUAUAUUUCAUCCAGCCAUCGAAAGAAAAUGUUGUCAUGUUCUUGUCUGACAUGUCUGGGAGGGAGCCUUUAUACAAGAAAGCAUAUGUAUUUUUUAGUUCAUCUGUCCCAAAAGAAUUGGUUAAUCACAUCAAGUGUGAUACAAGUGUGUUACCCCGAAUAGGUGCUUUGAGAGAGAUGAAUUUGGAAUACUUUCCCAUUGAUAAUCAGGCUUUUAUUACUGAUCACGAAGGAGCACUGGGGGAACUCUAUGGUAAAAAUGUUGAGAACUCUCGCAGAUUUGAUGCAUGUUUGAAUACAAUGGCAACUCGAAUUGCAACAGUUUUUGCUUCAUUGAACGAACUACCUUUUGUACGGUAUCGUGCUGCCAAAGCUACAGAUGAUUCCACAGAAACAUUUCGUGAUUCAAUUCCAGCAAAGCUUGCUGCUGGUGUUUUUAACAAUCUUUUAAAAUACAAGUGCAUUCCCAACUUUCCACAAACCGAGACAUGCGAGUUGCUUAUCCUGGAUAGAUCUAUUGACCAGAUUGCUCCGGUCAUACAUGAAUGGACUUAUGAUGCUAUGUGCCACGAUUUACUGGAAAUGGAUGGAAAUAAAUAUGUUGUUGAGCUCCCUAGCAAAACAGGUGGCAGUCCUGAGAAAAAGGAGGUCCUUCUAGAAGACCAGGAUCUAGUUUGGCGUGAGCUUCGCCAUGCACAUAUAGCAGAUGCUAGUGAACGCUUGCAUGACAAGAUGACCAACUUUGUGUCCAAGAACAAAGCUGCUCAAAUGCAACAGAGUGCAAGAGAUGGUAGUGAAAUAUCGACACGAGAUUUGCAGAAAAUUGUUCAAGCUUUGCCGAAAUACAACGAACAAGUUGAGAAACUAACACUUCACAUUGAGAUUGCUGGAAAAAUUAACAGCGUUAUCAGAGAAUUGGGACUUCGAGAUCUUGGGCAACUGGAGCAGGAUCUUGUUUUUGGGGAUGCAGGAGCUAAGGAUGUUAUCAGCUUUUUAAGGACGAAGCAGGAUGCAUCUCCUGAAAAUAAGCUGCGUUUGUUGAUGAUCUAUGCAUGUGUGUAUCCUGAGAAAUUUGAGGGUGACAAAGCUUCAAAGUUAAUGCAGCUGGCCAGGUUAUCAAAUGAGGAUAUGAAGGUUGUUAAUAAUAUGAAAUUGCUUGGGGGUUCAUCUGAGACCAAAAAGACAUCAGGUGGUUUCUCUCUCAAGUUUGAUAACCAGAAGACAAAGCAAGCAGCUAGAAAGGACCGAACUGAUGAGGAAGAAACGUGGCAACUCUUCCGAUUUUAUCCUGUGCUGGAGGAGCUCCUUGAAAAACUCAGCAAACGUGAAUUGCCAAAGAAUGAGUAUUCGUGUAUGAAUGAUCCAAGUUCAACUGACCAAGAGAGAACAAAGAGAGGAUCAGUACGGAAGAGUCAUGCUUCACCUGCUCCAGCUGUUCCAGAAAGAAAAGCUCCUGCACAAUCAAUGAGAUCAAGAAGAACUGCAACUUGGGCACGAACUAGUAAUUCUGAUGAUGGAUAUUCAAGUGAUUCAGUCUUGAAGAGCGCCGCAAGAGAGUUCAAGAAAAUGGGACAGCGUAUUUUUGUUUUCAUCAUUGGUGGUGCAACUCGUUCAGAGCUGCGAGCAUGUCACAAGCUUACAACAAAACUGGGGAGAGAAAUUGUUCUAGGUUGUUCUAGUUUGGAUGAUCCUCCACAAUAUAUCACGAAACUGAAGCUGCUGUCGGAAACAGAAAUCUCAACGGAAGUCCUUAGAUUCUAAAUUUUGGUCUUGAAAAGCAAGUGGAACUUGUGUUUGCUCGAUGCAGAAAGGUUGGAUGCCAAAAUUUGUGAUUGCGAGCAUGCAACAGUUUGUUUUCUUUUUCCACGCAAACAUGUGUAAUUUGAUCUUAUGUAGAUCAGAAGUAGGAGGAUCGAACAAGGCUUGUUAUGUUUCUCAAGAAUCAUGACCAGGCGAAAUACUACUGCACUUCAACCUGCACACUGUUCUUUAGACGUGGUGAUUGUAAAUUUUUUUUACUUUCUAUAAAAUUAACCCAUUGGGAAUUGAAUCA